AUGAUCUUCUCCGGCACCUUUCUCUGGCUUCGGCAAACCCAGGCCUUGACUAAGAAGAUCUUGCUGGUAACUUUGGCACGACAAUGGCUCUCGACGCUGAUCUGCUCCCUGGUCAUCCCCAUCGUCGUCCUCGCCCUAGCCCUCGGACUCCCAGGUCUCUCCUCACCGAGCAGCAAGUACGGCGUGGGCAGCCCCUCGCCCGCCCAAACAUUGUCCGACUCUAUCCCGAACGGCGCGAAGCUCUUCUUCAUCCAGUCUCCCAACGCGGGAGAUGAUGUAUCUAAGGCGAUCAGAGACAUCACGGCGCCCCUGGGAAAUAGGGCUCGCGUGGAGUUGCUUCAGAACGAGAGGCAGCUAAUGGAGAAAUGCCCGACGGACAUGAACGGGCGUACCGACUGUUUUGCCGCCGUCGUCUUCAACGACUCGCCCCUGAGCAGCACCGGCGACGGGCAGUGGAAUUACACCAUCCGGGUCAGCUCCUCCAAGUCCCGCUCAACCUUCGAUGUCACGGAGCCCAGCAAGGCCACUGGCAACAUGUUCACACCGCUGCAACUCGCCGUCGACCAGGCCAUCACGAACUCGACCAUCGUCCCUGACACCUACAUGUUCACUCGUAUAUCACAGGACCAGGCAAAAGCAAUUAAACGCCGGGCUUCCAUCGACAUGAUACUCGGUGGGCUGGGAAUCGUGUGCUUUGCUAGCAUGCUCUCUCUUGUAUUCCACAUUGUCGGCAUGAUCUCCUCAGAGCGCGAAUCUGGCAUGUCGCAAUUGAUCGAUGUGAUGGCUGGCGGCGCAGCCUCUGCCCGUGUCUUGAGCUAUGUGAUCGCGUUCGACAUCAUCUACUUCCCGACUUGGGUUAUUUUGGGAGGAAUCUUCUCAAGUCUCCUUCUCCCGACCACGAAUGCUGGCAUCCCGAUUCUCUGGCAAGUCCUUACAGGAUGGGCUCUAACCAGUGGCUGCGUCUUCGGCGCCACGUUCGCCGUCCGAUACUCCGCCAUCUACGCCGUUGCUGCUUUGGCCGGCAUGGCCAUGUUUGCCAUGCUCCUCGACAGUCAAGCAGAGCCAAUCUCCGCGCUGGUGGCUAUCCUCUUUUCUGCCGUCUUCCCCAGUUGCAGUUACAUAUUCGUCUUAAACUCCUUGGCCCGUUACGAGAAGGCUGGUGUUGCAGCAAACAUCUACGCCAUCCCCCCUACGCCAGGCCUCGCAGUGCAUCAGGCAAAUAUCGGAACGCUCUGGGCCUGCUUGUGCCUGACUAUUGUUGUGUUCCCUCUGGUCGCUAUCCUGAUCGAAACAUUCGUUCAUGGAAUUAGCACCCGACGGCGCAGUUUCAAGACGGGUUCCAAGGCUGCCGACAGCACAACGGCACUCGAGGUUACCGGCCUUACCAAGACAUACCCCCCUUCUAUCUGGAGACGGAUGUGCUGUUGUUGCUGUGGCAGUUUCCGCCGCUCUUUCACGGCCGUCGACUCCUUGGACUUCACCAGCCAGAAGCAGCAGAUCCUUUGUCUCCUGGGCAUCAACGGUUCCGGGAAAACAACGACAAUGGACUUGAUCACGGGAAGACAACGCCCGACGAGUGGGUCGAUACGGAUCAACGCCUCUUCGUCGCAAAUCGGCUUCUGUCCGCAAAAGAACAUACAAUGGGAGCAGUUGACAGUCCUGGAACACGCUGCGAUCUGGGACCAGAUAAAGGGAGGAUCUGCCACUCGGGCGCAGCUUGAACAACUUGUCGAAUCGUGCGAUCUGGGUCUCAAGAUAAAUAGCCAAGUCGGGACACUCAGCGGAGGCCAGAAGCGCAAGGUCCAGCUGACAUGCAUGCUCGCUGGUGGAAGCUCGGUCUGUCUCAUGGACGAGGUGACGACCGGCAUGGAUCCCGUUUCACGUCGGGCCAUCUGGAACAUUGUCCUCGCCGAGCGCUCCAAGCGAUCCAUCAUUCUGACGACACAUUUCCUUGACGAAUGCGAAGUCCUUGCCGACCAGGUCGUCGUCGUCUCCCGCGGCCACCUGAAAUGCCAGGGCUCCCCGGCGGAACUGAAGAACACCUACGGAGGAGGAUACCGUGUACAUGUGCCUCAGAUUGAAAACGUGCCCCGGUCCCAGUAUCCGUCAGUGGUAUACCAAGGGCAAACUGUCUUCAACACCCCUGACUCAACAUCGGCGACCCAUCUGCUGUCGUCCCUCGAAGCCGCUGGCCUGUCGGACGUCCUGGUUACCGGACCUACUAUCGAGGACGUCUUCCUGAAAGUCGCCAACGAGCCCGAAGAACUCGAGAAGAGAAAUUCGAACUUUUCCUCAAAGACCGACACGGCGCCCCUCGCCCUCGUCCAGGAUGAUGAAUGGUCCGAUGGGGAACUGUCCUCGGGGAACAGGACCAAUUUCUUCCAGCAACUCGGCGCCUUAACCAUCAAGCGCGUCAUGAUCUUCCGGAGCAACUUCUGGUGGUACAUCCUCGCUAUGGUCAUUCCCCUGGCUUUUUCGCCGGCGAUCACUUCCCUGCUAAUCGUAACGGAUGGCAUCGAUACCUACCCAUACGUGCCCCCCACCUGUCAGAGCUUUGAGCCAUCCAUAUUUGACGAACCUUGGUUGGUCGACCUCGCUCAAUCAGGCUAUACCGAUUCGCUUGGCUCGGGGGCCAUGUCGAUGCUCGUCGGACCACGGUCUGCCCGGGACAGCAUGUUCCACACUGUCGACAAGUUCCCCGUUGGAAAGAGAUAUGACUCUCAAAGUUUCGAUUCCGACUUUGUUUUUCAAGACGGCUUUGAAAACUUCCAGCGGCGUGUACAUGACAACGCCUCGACUGUCGCCCCAGGGGCACUCUACAUGGGCGACGUGUCGCAGAAGCCCACGAUUGCCUACAAUCCCGAGCUCGGUUACGACACGCCAGUGUUGAUGCAGAACCUCUGGAGCCAGGCGAGAAGCGGCGUUUCUAUUGCUGUCCAGCUGGCAUUUUUCAGUAGUUCGGUUCCUCUUGAUGCCGGCAGUGGUCUCAUCGCAGCAGUGCUCCUCGCAUUCCUCCAUACCAUUUACCCAGCCUUCUUCGCACUCUACCCGGCGUAUGAGAAGCUACAAAAUGUUAGAGCUUUGCAAUACUCCAACAGAGUUCGUCCUGGCCCACUAUGGAUCUCUUACACCAUGAUCGAUAUGACUAUCGUCAUCAUCAUCGCCGCGUUGGCCACCCUGGCCCUGUCAGCUCAUGUGGAGAACUGGUACUUCGCCGGCUACAUGUUCCCCGUCUUCUGGCUUUACGGCGUGGCAAGCAUGCUUUGGAGCUACAUCAUCUCUCUCUACGCUAGGUCUGAACUUGCCGCUUUCGGCUUCACCUUCUGUACCAUCAUGGUGGCCUUCAUUCUCAGCGUCGUUGGAUUUUCGCUGGGUGCAACAAACCCUAACGCCGGAAGCCCAACUCUCGUCUUGGAUGCCGUAUCCUACUCACUGGGCCUUCUUUUCCCGAUCAUGAACCUUUUUCGUGCCUUGGCCAUCGGCCUCAACGUCUGGCUCGUUGGCUGCCGCGAGUUCAAGCUGGUUGCCGAUCCCGGCUCCAUCAACGCCUACGGCGGCCCGAUCAUGCUCCUCGUCAUCCAGGUUGUCUACCUGUUCCCUCUCCUUCUUUGGCUAGAUGGUCAGCACUCUUUUGCUUGGCCGUGGAAGAAGACGAAGCAAGUCACUCCCGAGGUGUCGAUGCCGAGUACCGGGCAGGACAUCGAGAUGAAGACGGUUCGCGUCGAAGCUUCCAGCGACGACAUGCUGAACAUACAACAUGUCACAAAGUCUUUCGGAGGCAAGCUAGCGGUUGAUAAUGUGUCUCUAGCAAUGGGCGACAGCUCCGUUCUGGCGCUCCUCGGCCCCAACGGCGCCGGCAAGACCACGCUCACGAACAUGAUGCGAGGAGACAUGGUUCCCGACAUGGGUAGCAUCUCCGUGCAAGGCGUUGGAGUCCAGAGCGACCCACAGAUGGCGAGGGAACACAUUGGAGUCUGUCCGCAGUUCGAUGCUCUCGACAAGCUCACCGCAAGGCAGCAGCUGCAGUUUUACGCCCGCAUCAAGGGCGUCAAGAACAUCGACAGGGAUGUUGAGCUCGUCAUGAAGAAGGUCGGCCUGACGCCGCACGCCUCUCGCUUGACGCAUAAGCUCUCUGGUGGCAAUAAGAGGAAGCUCAGUCUCGCCAUCGCACUCCUCGGGAAUCCCAAGGUCCUCAUUCUAGACGAGCCGAGUUCUGCGAUGGACGCUAUCGCGAAGCGCGAAAUGUGGAAGAUGCUCUCCUCCAUCACCCCCGGGCGCUCUGUCCUCCUCACCACACACUCCAUGGAAGAAGCCGACGAACUCGCUACUCGCGUAGCCAUCAUGUCCAAGCGCAUCCUCGCCAUCGGUACAAGCCAGGAACUUCGCAAGCGCUACAGCAACGUCUACGACGUCCACCUCGUUCUCGGCACAGCGCCCGGCUCCACCCGCGGCGAAAUGCAGAACGUCGAGUCCUGGGUGCGCGAUGUCUUCCCCGAGGCCUCUUUCGACGCCGUGAACCUUGGCGGACAGGUGCGGUUUGUCGUACCUGUGGGGACCGGUGUUUCGCGGGACGGGAGGAGUACUGUGAGGCGGUUAAUGGAGACGCUGGAACAGCAUAAGACGAGCCUCGGGCUGGCGCAUUAUACGGUUGGUAUGGGUACCCUGGAGAUGGUUUUCCUGAACAUCAUGCGGGAGAGCGACGUCCCCGAGGGCGAGGAAAAGGUCAGGAAGCCGCUGUGGCGGUGGUGA